UUGCUCCGAGGGCACGGGGUCUCCGCUCUCCUCCCCUCGUCGCCAUGCACAUCAGCUUCACUGGCCUCCGGGCCCUGGUGACGGGGGCUGGGAAAGGGAUCGGGCGGGAGACGGCCAAGGCGCUCCGGGAAGCCGGAGCCCAAGUGGUGGCGGUCAGCAGGACCCAGGAGGACAUGGUCAGCCUCUCCAAGGAGUGCCCAGGCAUGGAGACGGUGUGCGUGGACCUGGGCGACUGGGAGGCCACGGAGAAGGCGCUGGGCGGCAUCGGCCCCGUGGACCUGCUGGUCAACAACGCCGCCGUGCUAGUCCUUCAGCCCUUCCUGGAGGUGACCAAAGAGGCGUUUGAUACGUCCUUCGACGUGAACCUGCGCUCUGUGUUCCAGGUGUCCCAGAUCGUGGCCCGCGGGCUGAUCGAGCGCGGAGCCCCCGGCUCCAUCGUCAACGUGUCCAGCAAGGUGGCCCUCUGCACCCUCCCAAACUUCGCCACGUACAGCUCCACCAAGGGCGCCAUGGAAACGCUGACCAGAGUGAUGGCUCAAGAGCUGGGGGUCCACAAGAUCCGGGUGAACACGGUAAACCCCACGGUGGUGCUGACAAACAUGGGCAAGAAGGUGUGCCCGGACCCGAGGGAUGCCGCCGCCAUGAAGAAGCGCAUCCCCCUCAAGAAGUUCGCAGAGGUGGAGGACGUGGUGCACAGCAUCCUGUUCCUGCUGAGCGACAAGGCCGCCAUGACCACCGGCUCGGGCAUCCUGGUGGACGGGGGUUACCUGGCAUCCUAGGCCCCCCGCAACAUACACAGCCUCCAGUUCCAACUGAAUUCCGGGGCCUCUAAUCCUCCGAACACACACACACACACACAACGGUGAGCUCGGGGGAUCAUCUUUCCUGCAAGCUUGGCGUUACACGGUUUGUUUUGUUGUCUGUCUCCCCCUUCUAGACUGUGAGCCCGCUGUUGGGUAGGGAUCGUCUCUCUAUG